GCGCUCCGCGCCGCCUCCACCCCCGCGGCCGCCGCUCCGCCGGCCGUCGACGCCCACCAUGACGAAGAAAGAGAAGAAGUCCUUCAGCCAGAGCCUGGCCGAGUGGAAGCUCUUCAUCUACAACCCGACCACCCGCGAGUUCCUGGGGCGCACCGCCAAGAGCUGGGGUUUGAUCUUGCUCUUUUACCUAGUCUUUUAUGUGUUCCUGGCUGCACUCUUCACAUUCACGAUGUGGGCUAUGCUUCAGACUCUGAAUGAUGAGGUUCCAAAAUACCGAGAUCAGAUUCCUAGUCCAGGACUUAUGGUUUUUCCAAAACCAGCGACUGCGUUGGAGUAUUCAUUUAGUGUCGGUGAUUCAAACACCUAUAAAAAGUAUGUUGAAGACCUUAAGAAGUUUCUAAAGCCAUAUAGUGUCGAAGACCAGAAAAACCUCACAGACUGUCCUAAUGGAGCACUUUUUGAACAGAAGAGCUUACCUUAUGUUGCAUGUCAGUUUCCGCUUCAAUUACUUGAUCUAUGCAGUGGUGAAAAUGAUCCUCAGUUUGGAUAUGCCGGGGGAAAACCGUGUAUUCUUGUGAAAAUGAACAGAAUAAUUGGGUUAAGGCCUCACGGAGAUCCAAAGAUACAGUGUACUGCAAAGGAUAACAUGACAUCAAAAGUAGUAACGUAUCCUCCAUCUGGAUAUAUUGACUUAAAAUAUUUUCCAUAUUAUGGGAAAAAACUGCAUGUGAAUUAUCUACAGCCCUUAGUCGCUGUCCAGGUCCAAUUUAAUAAUAGUGCUCCACAACGCGAAGCAACAGUCGAAUGCAAGAUUACAGGAACAACCAACCUACUAAAUGAGGAUGACCGUGACAAGUUUUUAGGACGAGUUGCAUUCAAAGUCACAGUGCGUCCAUAGUAAGAGUUAGGAUAUCUCCACGAGGAAAUAUGUUGCCUGUCUUCGUUUUAUAUCAGCUGGACCUGCCAUUCUAGAACUAGGAUACCACCUUGGAGCAAGGUGGGGUGAAACCUGACUGGGGUGACAUCAUGUUUUCUUCAGAUCAUAGUGUUCAGUGUCCUCCGAAGUAACUGCCUGUUGCCUCUGCUGCCUUUGAACCAGUGUACAGUCGCCAGACAGGGACCAUGAACACUUGAUUCUGAAUAUGUAGAGUGUGGGUCUUUCAUAUUUUCACGUGGUUUAAUUGCCAACUGUCUAAAGCUUAAUGUGUGCUGUGCUAUGUAAAUAUUUUAUAGAAUUAACACUGGUUAACUGUCAUAUUUUGAUGCCAGCCAAGUUUUAGGGAUGAAAUGGUACCUGAAAAAUAUCUUGACUCAUUGUAAAGUAAAAAAUGGGCGUUAUAUGGAAACGACAAUAAAACAAAUUUGAAACAUUGUUGUCAAUUUUUGAAUUUUUUACAUGCUAGAUUAGUCUGGGUCACUUUCAUUAAGAGCAGGAACUUUUUGUUAAAUAUGUUUU